ACGAUCACUGCUUCCACUUUGGAAACGCUGGUGAUUUUCCUCCUUUUCAACACGGCAGGUCUACAAAACCUGAGGACAAACUUCGGUUCUAGAACGAGGAUUUCAGGACCCCUCAGGACCUCAGCCGCAGCGCCGGCCGAGAUCACCGACAGCGCCCGCAGCGCGCCGGUAUCAUUUAAAUGAGGCGCGGUCGCCUGAUUGGCCAGGGCCCUGUGUCGUGAUUGGUUCCGAGGCGCCGGGGGCGGUGCCCGGAGGCACCCAUUGGCGGAGGCGGUAAGUUUAAACAAGGCGAGAGGCCAUACUUGCUUUGCGGCUCUGUUGCGCUGCUCAGCGUCUCCGGGUUGCACUGUCCGCUGUUGGGAAAGGAAAGGAGAAGGAUUCACGCUCUCGGCCUGCACAGCCGCCGCUGAGGGGAGGCCGCCGGCGGGGCUCGGGCUGCUAUGGCGGCCCGGCGUGUGGGGCGAGGCUGCUGGGAGGUGAGCCCCGGCGAGCGCAGGCCGCUGACCGGGCAGGACGAGGAGGCGGCUUCCCCGCCGCUGCUGUCCCUCAGCCACUUCUGCAGGUCGCCCUUCCUGUGCUUCGGUGACGUGCGUGUGGGGUCGUCGUGCACGCGGCCUCUGGCGCUGGACAACCCCAACGCGGAGGAGGCCGAGGUGAAGGUGUCGCACCUGCCGGCCGCCGAGCUGGGCUUCAGCGUGUCGCCGAGCCACUUCGUGCUGCAGCCUAAAGAAAAAAUUGUGAUUUCUGUUAACUGGACACCAUUGAAAGAAGGCCGAGUCAGAGAGAUUGUGACGUUUCUUGUAAACGAUAUUGUGAAACACCAAGCAAUAUUACUAGGAAAUGCAGAAGAGAAGAAAAAGAAGAAGAGGAGUGUCUGGAAUACUAUUAGUAAGAAGAAAAUUUCAGCCUCUUCUCGUAGUUACCGAAGAAUUUCAAAUACUCAAAAUGUUAAUAGAACAUUCAGUGUUUCCCAAAACAUUGAUAGGGUUAGGAGCCCAUUGCAGGCUUGUGAGAACUGGACUGUCAGUGACACCUGUUCCAGAACUGAAAACAAUUCAUUAACCCUUGAAGAAAAUGAAAUCCCCCUGUCCCCCAUCAGCCCUGCUUUUAAGGAAUGCCAUGAUGUAACUUGCGUGCCACUCUCUGUGCGUCGAUCUACCGCCUACUCAUCUCUUCCUGCGUCUGAAAACAUUCAACUUUUGAAUGUAGAAGAUGCUAACAUUUCAGACUUUAGUUUUAGUGAGAAAGUGAUAACUGAAACCUGUUUUAAUGCCAUAAAUAUUAAUAGCCAGAGUGAGAACUGUGAACUACUUCUUACCCCAAACCAUUCUUCAGCUUUGAACAUCACACAAAACCAUGGACAUUUUCUAAGUCCAGAUUCCUUUGUAAAUAAUAAUCUUGCAGCUAAUAAUGGAAAACUAGAAGUAGAAACACAUCUUUCGUCAGAUGGCUUUAUGAGAGGUGAUUCAAAACCUGUGCAUUGGGAGUCAAAAACUGUGCAUGAAAUUUAUCAAACAAUUUUAAGCCCAGAUUCCUUCAUAAAUGGUAAUUAUGGAAUAAAUCAGGAAGUAGAAUCUGAGUCAGUUCAUCCCAUCUUAUCCCCAAAUCAAUUCCUAAAAGAUAAUAUAGCAUGUGUAUGUGUAUCGCAGCAAACCUGUAAAGUGUCCUUGUCCAGUGAAAAGCCUCUCGUCCCAGAGUCUCCUGGAAAGUGCGGGAAAAGUGAAGCUUUGCCAUGUACUCCCGCAUGUCAGGGACUAAAAUCUCCCAAAGCUGUUUCGGAAGAAUUCAAAGUUAUGGAAAUGAAGUCAAAACACUACACUGUCAGAAAACAAAGUCAUCCCACAUUUCCUACAGUUCCAGAUGUUUCCAGUUUCAGCCAUAAUAAAGAACCUAAAAGACGCCCAAUACUUUCUGCCACCGUUACAAAAACGAGGCCCACCCGUGGCAGAGAAAACCAAACAGUGCUGAUCAAACCAAAGGUGAAAAGAAGCCUCAACAGUGCAGUUAAUGGAAAAGUAAUUGAUAAUCAAAAAGACAAAGCAGUUUUGCAUUCUUUUCUUCCAAUUAUAGAUCCAAUAAUAAGUAAAUCAAAGGGGGAUAAAAGUGAAAUAAUUCCCUCUUCAACACCAUCUUCAAUUAGUCGUAAAAGAAAGAGUGAGGAAAUCGUGGAAGGUGGAAGUGUGACUGUUGCUGUUAUAGAACAUACAGAAGUGCGAGAAAGCAAAAGAAUCCAUUUUUCUCCCUUGGAAUCCAAAACAUCAACUGUAAAGAAAACGAAAAGCACAGUAACACCUAUUUCUAAAUAUAUCAGUAACAGAGAGAAGUUAAGCCUGAAAAAGAAAACUGAUUCAGUAUUCAGAACUCCUAAAGCAAAAAGAAGAACAAAACCUGUUGUUGCUGUGGCACAAUCUAAUUUGACUUUCCUAAGGCCACUAAAAACAGAUAUCCCUAGACACCCAUUGCCAUUUGCUGCAAAAAACAUGUUUUAUGAUGAGCGUUGGAAAGAAAAGCAGGAGCAGGGCUUCACUUGGUGGCUAAAUUUCAUACUGACUCCUGACGACUUCACUGUAAGAACAAAUGUGUCUGAAGUGAAUGCUGCUACUCUUCUUUUAGGAGUGGAGAAUCAACAUAAAAUAAGUGUGCCGAGAGCACCUACAAAAGAUGAGGUGUCUCUGAGAGCUUACACUGCCCGAUGCAGGUUGAACAGGCUGCGACGUGCAGCAUGCCGUUUAUUUACUUCUGACAAAAUGGUUAAAGGAAUUAAAAAGCUUGAAACUGAAAUUGAAGCUAGGCGAUUACUUGUUCGGAAAGACAGACACCUCUGGAAAGAUGUGGGAGAACGCCAGAAAGUCCUGAAUUGGCUGUUGUCAUAUAAUCCUUUGUGGCUUCGAAUUGGCCUAGAGACAAUUUAUGGAGAGCUCAUCUCACUGCAAGACAACAGUGAUGUCACAGGGUUGGCUAUGUUUAUUCUUAAACGCUUGCUUUGGAAUCCUGAUAUCGCAGCUGAAUAUCGCCAUCCCACUGUUCCCCAUCUCUACAGAGAUGAUCACGAAGAAGCUUUGUCCAAGUUUACACUGAAGAAGUUGCUAUUGUUGGUCUGUUUCCUUGAUUAUGCAAAACUUUCCAGACUUAUUGAUCAUGACCCCUGUCUCUUCUGCAAAGAUGCUGAAUUCAAGGCUAGUAAAGAAAUUCUUCUGGCAUUUUCAAGAGAUUUCCUAAGUGGAGAAGGUGAUCUUUCUCGCCACCUUAGCUUAUUGGGAUUACCUGUUAGUCAUGUUCAGACACCAUUUGAUGAAUUUGAUUUUGCUGUGACAAAUCUUGCCGUAGACUUGCAAUGUGGAGUGCGCCUUGUGCGAACCAUGGAACUUCUCACAAAAAACUGGGAUCUUUCAAAAAAACUCAGAAUUCCAGCAAUCAGUCGUCUUCAAAAGAUACACAAUGUUGACAUUGCUCUUCAAGUUCUUAAAUCACAAGGAAUUCAGCUAAGUGAUGAACAUGGAAAUACGAUACAAUCCAAGGAUAUUGUGGAUAGGCACAGAGAAAAAACUCUUGCCUUGCUUUGGAAAGUAGCGUUUGCCUUUCAGGUGGAUAUUUCUCUAAAUUCAGAUCAAUUGAAGGAUGAAAUUAACUUUCUAAAACAAACACAUUGUAUAAAGAACACAAUGUCUGCUCUAUCAUGCCAUUCUGAUGCUUAUAUAAACAAAAAAGACAAAAGGAAAAGUGAUUCUGUUGGGCAAUAUAGUGAAAACGUUAGAUUAUUGAUGGAUUGGGUGAAUGCUGUUUGUGCCUUUUAUAAUAAAAAGGUGGAGAAUUUCACAGUGGCUUUCUCAGAUGGCCGUGUCCUGUGCUACCUGAUCCACCACUACCACCCUUGCUAUGUGCCUUUUGACGCCAUCUGUCAACACACAACCCAGACCGUGGAAUGCACACGCACCGGCUCAGUGGCGUUAAACUCAUCAUCUGAAUCUGAUGACAGUGCUCUGGAUGUGUCCCCCAAGACCCUGGAUCAUGAAAAUGCUUCGGAACUAUUCAAAGAGCUCCUGGAAAAUGAGAAGAAAAAUUUCCAUUUAGUUAAGUCUGCAGUUCAAGACCUUGGUGGAAUACCUGCCAUGAUUCAUCAUUCAGAUAUGUCAAAUACAAUUCCAGAUGAGAAGGUGGUCAUUACUUAUUUGUCAUUUCUGUGUGCAAGACUUUUAGAUCUUCGUAAAGAAAUAAGAGCUGCUCGUCUUAUACAGGCAACCUGGAGAAAAUAUAAACUAAAAGCAGAUCUAAAACGCUAUCAGGAAAGAGACAAAGCUGCAAGAAUUAUUCAGUGCGCUAUAAUCAGUUUUCUAGCAAAACGACGAUUGAAAAAAAAGGUUAAUGCAGCACUGGUAAUUCAAAAAUACUGGCGGAGACUGAUUGCACAGCGAAAAUUAUUAACACUGAAGAAAGAAAAACUGGAAAAGGUUCAAAAUAAUUCAGCAUCUGUUAUUCAGGGGUAUUGGAGAAGAUAUUCCACUAGGAAAAGAUUUCUGAAAUUGAAAUAUUAUUCAGUCAUCCUGCAAUCCAGGAUAAGAAUGCUAAUUGCUGUUACAUGUUAUAAGCGAUAUCUUUGGGCGAUAGUUACAAUCCAAAGGCAUUGGCGUUCUUAUUUAAGAAGAAAACAAGAUCAACAGAGAUAUGAGAUGUUAAAAUCAUCAGCCCUUAUAAUUCAGUCUGUGUUCAGAAGAUGGAGGCAACGUAGAAUGAAGUUAAAAACGAGAGCUGUACUUAUUCUGCAAAGAGCUUUUAGAGAGUGGCAUUGCAGGAAACAAGCCAAAGAAAAGUCUGCUGUUGUCAUACAAUCAUGGUAUAGAAUGCACAAAGAAUUACGAAGAUAUCUUUAUAUUAGGUCCUGUAUUGUUAUCAUUCAGAGAAGAUUUCGGUGUUUUCAAGCUCAAAAGUUGUCUAAAAGAAGAAAAGAAUCUAUACUGACCAUCCAGAAGUACUAUAGAGCCUAUCAGAAAGGAAAGACUGAGCGCAGCAGGUAUUUGCAGAAAAGGGCUGCCGCCAUUCGCCUGCAAGCUGCCUUCAGGGGGAUGAGGGCUCGUAAUCUCUGCAGACGCAUUAGGGCUGCCUGUGUUUUGCAGUCCUAUUGGAGAAUGAGGCAAAACAGAUUACAAUUUUUAAGCUUUAAGAAGUCUGUUGUCAGAUUGCAGGCACACAUAAGAAAGCAUCAACAGUUACAGAAAUACAAAAAGAUGAAGAAAGCAGCCCUUGUCAUUCAGACUUAUUUGCGGGCUUAUGUUACAGCCAGGAAAGUUCUAGCAUCCUAUCAGAAAACACGUUCUGCUGUCAUCGUUCUGCAGUCUGCAUGCAGAAUGAUGCAAGCCAGGAAGACGUUUGUUCACAUCCGCACGUCUGUUGUUAAAAUCCAGUCAUAUUAUCGUGCUUAUAUUUCCAGAAAGAAAUUUCUGAAACUGAAAUAUACUACAUUAAAAUUGCAGUCAGUUGUCAAGAUGAAGCGAGCACGUAAACAAUAUUUACACUUAAGAGCAGCUACAGUGUUUAUUCAGCAGUGGUACCGUGCCCAAAAGAUGGCUGCACAAGAGAGAGAAGAAUAUAUACAGAUGCGGGCAUCCUGCAUCAAACUGCAGGCUUUUGUUAGAGGCUACCUAGUCCAAAAGCAGAUAAGGUUGCAAAGAAAAGCUGCUAUUUCACUGCAGUCUUACUUCAGAAUGAGAAAGAAGCGGCAAGAUUUCCUGAAAAUUUAUAAAGCAACUGUUGUCAUUCAGAAUUACUAUCGUGCGUACAGAGCACAAGUCAAUCAGAGAAAGAAUUACCUGCAAGUCAAAAGAGCAGCUACUUACUUGCAGGCUGCUUACAGAGGUUACAGAGUACGGCAGCUGCUGAAACAACAAUUUUUAGCUGCUGUUAAAAUCCAAACUGCUUUUAGAGGCUACAGUCAAAGGGUGAAGUACCAGACUGUGCUUCUGUCUGCUGUGAAGAUUCAGAGAUGGUAUAGGGCAUGUAAGACUGUUCGUGAUGUAAGGACACGUUUUUUAAACACAAGGGCAGCUGUGAUUUGUCUCCAAUCUGCCUAUCGUGGCUGGGAAGUUCGAAAGCAGGUCAGGAGGGAGCACAAAGCUGCAAUGGUAAUUCAGUCUGUUUUUAGAAUGAAGAAAGCCCAGAAACAGUUUAGGUUAAUGAAAUCAGCCGCCUUUGUCAUCCAGCAACAUCUGAGAGCAUGGAUUGCAGGAAAGAAGCAGCGUGUGUGGUAUAUUGAACUGCGUCAUGCGGUAGAAGUGCUUCAGUCUGCAUGGAGAGGAAGAACAGUGAGAAGACAGAUUCAGAGGCAACAUGAGUGUGCUGGCCUCAUACAGUCAUACUAUAAAAUGCAUCUGCAGCGCAAGAAGUGGAAAACUAUGAAGAAAGCUGCUCUUCAGAUUCAGAUGUAUUACAGAGCUUACAGUGUUGGCACAGGACAGCGUCAUUUAUAUUUGAAGACAAAAGCAGCUGUAUUAAUCUUACAAUCAGCUUACCGUGGUAUGAAAGUGAGGAAAAGAAUAAAGGAUUGCAACAGAGCAGCAGUUGCUAUACAGACUAAGUAUAGAGCCUACAAGGCAAAAAAGAUAUAUGCCACUUAUAGAGAAUCAGCUAUUAUAAUUCAGAGAUGGUAUCGAAAUAUUAAAAUUGCAAACUGUCAACAUAGGGAAUACCUUAAUUUGAAGAAGACAGUAAUUAAAACCCAAGCUAUUUAUAGAGGUGUUAGAGUAAGACAACAUGUUAAACGAAUGCACAUGGCAGCCACUUGUAUUAAAGCCAUGUUUAAAAUGCAUCAGUUGACAGUAAGAUACCGUAGACUGAGAAGAGCAGCUGUUGUAAUUCAAGUAAGAUACAGAGCAUAUUAUCAAGGUAAAAUUCAACGUAAAAAAUACCUGACAAUGUUGAAAGCUGUCACUGUUCUUCAGGCAAGUUUUAGAGGAGCUAGAGUUAGGCAGACUGUAAGAAAGAUGCAGAUGGCAGCAACACUUAUUCAGUCAUACUAUAGAAGAUACAGACAGCAAAAAUAUUUUAAUAAGUUGAAAAAAGUAACAAAAACUGUUCAGCAAAGAUACCGUGCAGUGAAGGAAAGAAAUACACAGUUUCAAAGAUUCAACAAAUUGAGAAAAUCUGUAAUAUGCAUUCAGGCUGCUUUUAGGGGCAUGAAAACCAGAAGACAUUUAAAAGUUAUGCAUUUAAGUGCAACCGUUAUUCAGAGGAGAUUUAGGACUCUAAUCAUGAGAAAAAGAUUCCUAUCUCUCAAAAAAACUGUUGUUUGGAUUCAGAGAAAAUACCGUGCAAAACUUUGUGCAAAGCAUCACUUACAAUUCCUUCAGCUGCAACAGGCAGCUAUUCAAAUCCAGUCUGGGUACAGAGGAUGGGUGGUACGGAGGCAGAUCCAGGAGCGGCACAGGGCUGCUGCUUCCAUCCAGGCUGCUUUCAGAAUGCACAGGGCUUGCGUCGAGUACCGGGCCCUGAGACAGGCCUCCCUGGUGAUCCAACGACAGUACCACGCCAACAGAGCUGCAAAACUACAGAGGCAGCGUUUCCUCAAACAGAGACGUUCUGCCAUGGUCCUUCAGGCUGCAUUUAGGGGUAUGAAAACAAGAAGACAUUUGAAAAGCAUGCACUCCUCGGCAACCCUCAUUCAAAGCAGGUUUAGGUCUUUCAUGAUGAGGAGAAGAUUCAUUUCUCUCAGAAAAGCUACUAUUUUUGUUCAACAGAAAUAUCGAGCCACCAUUUCUGCCAAGCAAAAAUUGUACGAAUUUUUGGAGUUACGCAAAGCGGCCAUUAUAUUACAGUCAUCUUAUCGAAGACUCCAAAAGAAGAGGUUACAAGAAAGGAACAGGGCUGCAAUUGUCAUUCAGGCCCUGUUCAGGAUGCACAGAACAUACGUUGCAUUUCAGACUUGGAAACAUGCCUCAAUUCUGAUUCAGCGGCGUUACCGAGCAUACAGAGUGGCGAAACUGGAGAGAGACAAUUUUGUCAGGCGAUGGGAUUCUGCCGUGGUCAUUCAGGCUGCGUACAAAGGAAUGAAAGCCAGAGAGUAUUUACGGAAAAAACACAGAGCUGCUGUCCUCAUACAAAGCACAUAUAGAAUGUAUAGGCAACAUUGUUUGUACCAAAAACUUCUGUGGGCUACAAAAGUAAUACAACAAAAAUACAGGGCGAAUAAAAAGAAACAAGAAGCUCUUCUACAUAACACACCGAAGGAAGCAGCAGUGAUUUGUGCUCAGGCAAGUUGUCAAGGCAUGAGUGUAAGGCAGCAUGUUCAGAGACAGCAUCAGGGUGCUGUUAUUAAGAAGCAUUUUGAUCCCAAGGCUUUUCUUUAAAGGAGAUGUUUUCUCCACUGUAAAGCAACGGGACAUAGAGCAUGAACUGCAGGGCAAGCCCAUGUGGUUGUUUUCGUAUAACCUUUCUUACAGAGGGAUAUCCAGUGUGUGCAUUUGGCUGCCGUAGUGUUGAAAAUGUAUGGGCCCACAAUUGGUUAUUAAACAGAACUGUGGUGAUUGUUAUGCAGAAUUAUAGAUCAUGUCGAAAGAAAAAGUGGCUCAAGCUGUCUCUGGCAGCAUGAAAUUUAGACAAGAAUUGAAGCCGUAUCUGAGCAAAACACGGUAGCCAUUAUUAACCAGUCUGUCCUGCUAAAGCAGAAAAAAACUCGAUCUGAAGUUGCACAAAGUUGUGACGCUCCAGUUCACAUGUGGUGUUAAGCUUUCCUACCUGCUUGUUCAUAGGAGGAAGAGAAUCGUUCUCACAGGAAAGAUGCAGUGACUAUUCAGAAAACUUUUCAUGAAAUGGUCACCAGAAAACUGGAAAUGCAGAAAUGUGCGGCCCUACGAAUUCAGUCCUUCCUUCAGAUGGCUGUGUAUCGCAGAAGAUUUCUUUGCCAGAAAAGAGCUGCCAUCACGCUACAGCAGUACUUCAGGGUGUGGCAAAUGAGAAGACAAUUUUUAAUGUACCGAAAAGCAGCAGUGGUAUUACAAAAUCACCACAGAGCCCUUCUGUCUGCAAAACAUCAAAGACAUGUUUAUCUGCAGACCAGAAGCAGUGUUAUCAUUAUUCAAGCUAGAAUUAAAGGAUUUAUACAGAAAAGGAAAUUUCAGAGAAUUAAAAAUAGCACCAGAAAAAUUCAGGCUGCAUGGAGGAUGUACAAGACUAACAAAUAUUUAUGUGAAGUAAGAGCUGCUUGCAAGAUUCAAACCUGGUAUAGGUGUUGCAGAGCACGCAAAGAAUAUCUAGCUGUGUUAAAAGCUGUCAAAAUCAUUCAAGGUUACUUCUAUACCAAACUGGAGAGAGCACGGUUUUUGAAUAUGAAGACAUCAGCAGUUAUCAUUCAGAGGAAAUGGAGAGCUAGACUUUCUGCAAGAAUAGCGCGUGAGAACUUGAUGGUAAAAAGACAUCAAGCUGCUUGUGUGAUACAAGCACAUUUUAGAGGACAUAAAGAAAGACAGGCCUAUCUUCACCAGAAACCUGCUUUGAUCAUAAAAGGAGGUUUACAAGCCAGGGAGGCUGAAAAGUGUGAAAAGACAAAAUAUAUUGAGUUGGAAAAGUCGGCAGUUAUUCUCCAAGCACUGGCGCGCGGUUGGUUAGUAAGAAAAAGAAUUUUAGAACAGAGAACCACAAGGCGACUGCUACGCUUCACAGCGGCUUCGUAUUAUCACCUGGCUGCAAUUAGGAUCCAGCGAGCUUACAGAGCCCACCUGUCUGUGAAGAUUGCUAACAAGCAGGUUAAUGCAGCCAUCUGUAUUCAGGCUUUAUGGAGAGGCUAUUCUUGGAGGAAGAAAAAUGAUUGUACGAAAAUUAAGGCUAUACGGCUGAGUCUACAGGCUGUUAAUAGAGAGAUUAAAGAAAAUAACAAACUCUACAACAGAACUGCACUUGCACUUCAUUACCUUUCAACUUACAAGCAUCUUUCUGCCAUUCUCGAGGCUUUGAAGCACCUAGAGGUGGUUACUAGACUGUCUCCUCUUUGUUGUGAAAACAUGGCCCAAAGUGAAGCAAUUCCUAAAAUUUUUGUUUUGAUCCGAAGUUGUAAUCGUAGUGUCCCUUGUAUGGAAGUCAUCAGAUAUGCUGUACAAGUUUUGCUUAACGUAGCUAAGUAUGAGAAAACUACUUCAGCAGUUUAUAAUGUGGAAAACUGUAUAGAUACACUAUUGGAGCUUUUGCAGAUGUACCGAGAAAAACCUGGCGACAAAGUUGCAGAUAAGGGUGGAAGCAUUUUCACAAAAACUUGUUGCUUGUUGGCAGUUUUAUUGAAGACAACAGAUCGAGCCUCUGAUGUGCGAAGUAGGUCCAAGGUGGUUGACCGUAUUUAUAGUCUCUACAAACUUACAGAUCAUAAACAUAAAAUGGAUUCUAAGAGAAUACUUUACAAACAAAAGAAGAACCUUUCUUCAGGCAUUCCCUUUAUUCCAGAAACACCUGUAAGGACUAAAAUAGUGUCAAGACUUAAACCAAAUUGGGUUUUGAGAAGAGAUAACAUGGAAGAAAUCACAAAUCCCCUACAAGCUAUUCAAAUGGUGAUGGAUACACUUGGCAUUCCUUAUUAAUAAAUGUAAAGAGUUUCAGCAUAUACAGUGUACAGAAAUAUUAACUAAUCAUGAAUAUGUAGUGUUUUUUGCCUUUUUUGUUUAAAACUUAAAAUUUGACAUUGUAUUAAUGUUAAAAUUUGCAUGUAUGUAUAACAAAA